AUGCUAAUAUCCGGAUAUGUCAAUACGGGACUGCCUGGGAAGAGAUCGUGCGAUACUCUGAAAUACAAUGCCACCGUCGGUGUGCAGCAGAGUUUCCAUCUCAAUGACGAUAUCCAUCAAAUCGCCGUAGCCCUUGAUCAGCACCCGGUCGUCGACUACCCCGAUGAAAUGAUGAACGACCCCGAGAUGGAUAUGAGAGAUAUCGUCGAGAAGACCUGGACGCGCCUUGCAGGAUCCAGUGUGUGGCUCCCCGGGCAGAAAGUGUACUUGUCCGUGACCCGGGUCGUCUUCUCGCCGUCCAGAACCCGGACGGUGCCCAAGAUGAGUUUUCUCAGGGCUCAACUUUUCAACGAAGAUUGGGAACACUUGACCAAUCAUACGAUCUCUUGGAGCGGCAAGCAGUUCACGUUUCCGAUGGUUUUCGACAUACCAGCACAGGGGGAGGAUGAUGGGGCCAUGUUCGGACCUGAAGACCCUCGUGUCAUCUUGGAGGAGGGUGUGGAGGAUGCGGAGCCAGUCAUUAUCUUUAACAUGGUCAGUAGGAAGUCCGACUGGAAGCGAGCAAUGCACCUUUUCCGCCCGUUCUCGAAGACCUCCACAAUCCUCACCAUCAAGGACACCGAACGAGCAUAUAAUGAGAACAGCUGGGCACCAUUCUUCAUACCCGAACAAGAGCAGCAGACCUUGCUUGGCAAGAUCCCGUUACCGGUGCCGGGAGUCGUCCGCAAACCCAACGAAUAUCUCCACUUUGUCUACAGCUUCAGGCCUUUGCGUGUCUUGAAGUGCCAUAUGCGUUGCGGCGACUGUGAAUUUGUAUACGAGCAAGACGUCCCAGACAAGGUCUACAACAAACACCACGACGAAGCCGGCGGUGUGCGUGGUGGUACAAACUUUGUCCCGGUCCCGAUCCCGUCAAGCAUGGACAUCGACUCCAGGGUGCGAGUGUACGCAGCGUUUCCUCAAACGAAUAUCGCGAAGUUUUGUGACGGGAACUUCUAUCGACCAGAGUUUGCCGUCAUGGUCAACAUUGGCAAUCAAUUCCAACUUGCAUUUGCUUCCGAGUCACUUGACUUUGGAGAUUCCAUUCUGGAGUUGGGUCCGGAUGAUGAUCGGUGUGAGAAAUCGCGCAUUCUUACCCCUAAUACCGUGGUUCGGUGGGACACAGCUAGUGGUCAGGAUGUGAUGACUGUAACCUUCAGUGUCAACGAGGAGACCACUCAGAUUUCUCGCAUUCGCGGCCUACUGAGUUUCGUCCGCAACCUACCGCAGUUCAAAACGUUGCUGAAAAGAGAUGGUCUCCUGAAAGGUGCUGAUGCCGACCUGGUGAGCAUUCUGGCCUCCUGGGUUGGUGACAAUGUGCGUGGCUGUCUCAUCCAGUCUGCGGCAAACUACACUGGCAUCACAAUGGAGAAUUCGGACUCCCGAGAUGAGGAGCAAGAGAUGGAUCUGUCCAGGGAAUUGAUGCUCCGACUCAAACAGAUCAAAGCAGAAGAGUCUAAACGUAACCGGGAGAAGGAGGCCAAUCGCGAGACUGACUCUGGCAACGAACCAGCCGCCCCAAUCCUGGAACAUCCCCCAGAAGGAGAGGAAGAUGUUAUCUUCCACCCAGAGCUCUUGGGAGAGUUUGAAGAUGUCGAAGGUCUCGCUGUUGAGGGCUUGGAAGAGGAGGGUACAAAGGAAGACGAACUGCCAAAAGACGAAAAAGUGCAGGAAGACGACACCAGCGGGCAGGAAAACGAAGAAGUGGACGAAAAGGACGAAGCUCUGAAACCAGAAGGACUCGGCCGACUGGUAUAUGCAGGGGACAGGGAGGACAAGAAGCAGCAGGAGAAAGAACCUCUGCAUCUGCCUCUGCAUCCGCCCCAGGCAGCGCACAAGCAUAACGGCCACCACCGGUACCACAAACAGCACAAUCAUCGUCGCGCUUGGCCUUGA